UUCCAUACCCCCUUGUUUCUUGAAAAUGGACUUUUCAAACCCUCGUUAAAACGCAACACCGGAGUUAAUGUCGAAGCGCAGUUGAAAAAGGAGAAUAACGGCACACUCCCAAAACCUAAACACUGCCUUUUUCAAUUCUUCAGUCAAUCAGAUUGCAUAAAACCUCGAUUUUUCAAGUGGGUUUUUUAUUUUUAUUUCCCCUUUUUCCGAUUUAUAAUUCAAUCACUGUUCUUGGUCUCUUUUAUGAUCAUCUUCAUCUGGUUAGACGAUCGUAUCUACUGUUCAAUUGCUUCGAGAAAGUUAUCAGAUUGCAAGAUUGGGUCGCGAUUUUGUUGAAUUUAUGUAAUGAAUUUAUAGCGUUGAAGAUUGAUCUGAUCAGAGUCUCAAAAAAUGAGCACUGGCAGGCAAAUGGUGACUGCUCGAGACCUUAUCGAUGAGGCCAAGAAACGGAUUGUUUUCCUGUCCAUGUGCGUUAUUGGACUCUCGUAUCUCAUGUCUCUGACAAGCGCUUCAGUGUUAAUAAACUUGCCAGCUGCAUUAUCCUUACUUAUUGUUCUUCGCUACUUCACAUUGGAUUAUGACAUGAAGAGAAAAGCUGCAUCAUAUAACAAAAACCCAUCAACAACCCAUGUUUUUUCUGUCAAAAAACCACCCCUAGACCCUAAAUCCAUCUCAGGAAAGUCAGACUGGAGAAAAAAAGUCAACUCUCCAGUUGUUGAAGAUGCAAUAGAUCAAUUCACAAAACACAUAGUUUCAGAAUGGGUGACUGAUCUUUGGUAUUCCCGUAUUACCCCUGACAAACAAGGUCCAGAUGAACUAGUGCUCAUUAUCAAUGGUGUUUUUGGGGAGUUCUCUAGCCGAAUGAGAAAUAUCAACCUCAUUGACCUUCUCACAAGGGACAUUAUCAAACUUUUAUGCACCCAUUUGGAGCUUUUUCGUGCAUGUCAAAUCAAGAUUAUGAAGCAAGAACCUCUCACAAUUGCACAAAGAGACAUAGAACUAAAAACUGUGCUUUAUGCUGAAAAUAAGUUGCAUCCUGCUUUAUUUUCUUCUGUAGCUGAGUACAAGGUUCUACAGCAUCUUAUGGAUGGUUUCAUAUCUUUAACAUUCAGACCUGAGGAUCUGAAUUGUUCUUUAUUUCGUUACAUAGUGAGGGAAAUGCUUGCUUGUGCAGUAAUACGACCCGUUAUAAAUUUAGCAAAUCCCAGGUUUAUUAAUGAAAGGAUUGAAAACGUAGUUCAAAAUUCAUCAAGAAAGCCUGAAAAAGUAUCUAAUAACACAGAACAAGUCAACUCACAGUCAAAGCCAAAUGGAUCUGUUAAAGUGUAUACUCAAUCUGUGUCAUUAGAUCCUUCUGCAAAGGGUGUUGAACUCACAUUGUUAAAGAAAGAUAAUUACGAUUCUGCCACUAACAACCCCACCAUAAAAGACCCUUUGCUUUCAAUCGAUACCAAAGUAGACACCCGAAAACAACAUGUUAGUGGGGAAUGGGGGGACAAAUUAGACAUUGUUACACGUAAAAAAACCGAAGCAUUAGCUCCUGAAAAUUUUGAAAACAUGUGGGCUAAAGGUAGAAACUACAAAACAAAAGAUGGUAUGAUCAUCCAACAAAGUUCUUCAGCCACGUCAGCGAAUGUGGUCAACCAGUCAAAGGCAUUGACUUCACAAGAAGUCAAACAUGGAUCCACCAAAGGUGAUAAUAAAUCAUUCCUUUAUGAUGAAGAGGAAGAUGAGGAAGAUGAAACAAGGAGUAAUAGUAGUGUUUAUUCUAGUGAAGAUGAAGAAAGUGGUGAUAUAACAGGAUUAAAUUCACCAGGGACUAAAGUAUGGGAUGGAAAAAGUAACAGGAAGCAAACUGUAACUCACAUUCAUCAUCCACUUGAAAGUUUUCAUGGGCAAAAGGUGAAAAAAACAGGAAAAGGUGCUUCACCAAAAAGAAAUCCAGGGAGAAAAAGGUCAAGAGUGAGUAAUAUUAAUAAUCAGAAAGAGGAAAUUUGGCAUGAAGUGGAAAGAAAAAGCUUCUUAUUGGGAGACAUGCAGGAUGUUUUGAGUUCCUCAAAAGGGUAUUCUAAAUCGGUUGAAUCUAGUGAUGAAUCUGAUAAAGAUUCAUUAGCAAGAACUAAUAGUGGCACAAGUGUUUCAUCUUUAUUCCCUUCGAUUCCUGAAAGUAACAUGUCAUCAUCCACUAAUGCCCAAAAACAUUCACAAUUGGAUGAUUCAUUUUUCAGACUAAGAUGUGAGGUUUUGGGUGCAAACAUUGUGAAGAGUGGAUCUAAAACAUUUGCUGUGUAUCCCAUAUCAGUUACAGAUGUGAACAAUGUUAGUUGGUCUAUCAAAAGAAGAUUUCGACACUUUGAGGAGUUACAUAGGCGUUUGAAGGAGUAUCCAGAGUAUAAUCUUCAUCUCCCACCAAAACACUUUCUAUCAACAGGACUUGAUGUGCCUGUUAUUCAAGAACGUUGUAAACUUCUUGACAUUUAUUUAAAGAGACUUAUGCAGCUUCCAACUAUAUCUGGAUCUAUUGAAGUUUGGGACUUUCUUAGUGUUGAUUCCCAGACAUAUAGUUUCUCAAAUUCUAUAUCCAUCAUUCAAACCCUAUCAGGUGAAAAGAGUAGAGAUGCUAGGUUUGUAGGAGACCCUUCAAGGAGAGAAGUUUUGGUUUCAGAUGCUGUAAUGAAGAAUUCUUCAUCAUCAGAAGCUAAAAAUAAUUCUAUAAAUGAUGGGUCAAAAAUAUAUAAAAAGAAUGCAGGUUUUUCAGUUGCAAAGCCUGAAGUAGUAAAGGUAAUUGGAAAAGCAUUAGAGGAUUCUGAUAGUGACCAUGAAAUUGUUGCUUCAAGUCAUAUAAUAAAGAAGUCAGAAGAAGAGUCUUUAAAGGGAUUGGAGGACAAUAUUGUAAAUCCAGCAUCUGGGAUUGGGAUUCUUACAGAUGAUGGUGUUUCAGAAUUCCCUAGUGAGUGGGUCCCACCAAAUUUAAGUGUCCCUAUAUUAGAUCUUGUUGAUGUUGUGUUCCAGCUUCAAGAUGGUGGUUGGAUCAGGAGGAAGGCUUUUUGGGUGGCAAAACAGGUCCUACAGCUAGGCAUGUCAGAUGCCUUUGAUGAUUGGCUAAUUGCUAAAGUUCAACUCCUUCGUAAGGGCUCCAUUGUUGCUUCAGGAAUCAAGAAGCUUGAACAGAUACUUUGGCCAGAUGGGAUAUUUCUAACAAAGCAUCCCAGGCGGCAGCAACCACCACCCGCCACCGUAAAGCCACCCCAGGACUCACAUGACCGCCAACCUCCACCACCACCACCCACCAAUGAACAAACACUGACACAUGAAGAGGCUCAAGAACAGGAAGCUCAGAGACGUUCUAAACUAGUUUAUGAGCUAAUGAUUGAUAAGGCGCCAGCAGCUGUUGUAAGUGUUUUUGGGCGAAAGGAGUAUGAGCAGUGUGCAAAAGAUGUCUAUUACUUUAUUCAGUCAUCUGUUUGCUUAAAGCUAUUAGCGUAUGACCUUAUUGAGCUGCUGCUGAUGUCAGCAUUUCCAGAACUGGAUUCUGUGUUCCAACAAUUGCAUGAAGAAAAGCAAAAGUUUGGAGCUCUUGAACACUAGCAAAUAUCAUCAUCAUCCCCCCCUUUUUUUCUUAUUUUAUUCAUGUCAUGUGAUGUGAUGGUUAUUUUAUUCUGUGUUCCAAAGAUGUUCUAAGGGCGAUGCAUUUUUGCUUCUUCUGUUGCCCAUUAAAGAGCCCAUUUUUUUCUUCUUCUCGAGAAAUUGUGGAAAGGUCGUUAGGGUUUGCAAUAUAUUACAAGUGUAAAUAUGUUUGAGUUGGGAUUUUUGGAAGAUUUAGAGAUUGAUCUUGUUACAAAUUACAGGUAUAUGAUUUAAUACACAUCAGUUAUUGUUUCGUUUUUA